CCUAAAUCUUCCUUCCCCUUUUUAAAACUACAUUUUAUCCCUUGGCUUGUGGGCCAACGUGCCCCCUAAUGAGUAUUAAAACACUAUCUCCUUGCAAUUAGCUCAUUCCUGACUUCGCGCUCCUGAUUGACAGAACAAGCCAAAGCAUCAGAAUUCUCCCUUUGGCAAUAAGUGCUGAUUGGGUCCUUUUUAAGAGAGCUACUUCAAACUUUUUUUUUUUUUUUUUUUUUUUUUUAAUAUUUGCCUUCAGUGUCUUGGCUGAGAGAAGAGUUUUUUACCUCUCUGAGAUUUUUUUUUUCCUUGAGAGUAGUAGAGGAAGCAAGAGAGGAUUUACCUGGUCGGGUUGAGUUCACUUCAUUUGACUUUUUUUUUUUAAAUUAUUGUUAUUAUUAUUAUUAAAAUAAUCAUCCUGCCUCAGAAGAAAGGAAGGUUUUUGGCAACUCUGGUUAAAAAAAAAAAAAAAAAGAAAGACAACUUUUCAUCAAUGGCCUCUUUUGGAUAUUUCCUGUUUCUUUGUGGGUUGAGUCAGGCUCUGUCAAGUUACCCAAUCUGGUGGUCCUUGGCAAUUGGUCACCAGUAUUCCUCCCUGGGGACUCAGCCCAUCCUAUGCGGGAGCAUCCCAGGACUGGUACCCAAGCAGCUACGCUUCUGUCGGAACUAUGUGGAGAUCAUGCCCAGCGUAGCAGAAGGGGUAAAGAUUGGGAUCCAGGAAUGCCAACACCAAUUUCGAGGGAGGAGGUGGAACUGCACGACUGUCAAUGACAGCUUAGCCAUCUUUGGACCAGUGCUAGAUAAAGCUACCAGGGAAUCAGCCUUUGUCCAUGCCAUUGCCUCUGCUGGAGUGGCUUUCGCGGUGACCAGAUCCUGCGCCGAAGGCUCGGCCACCAUCUGCGGCUGUGACACCCGCCACAAGGGCUCUCCUGGGGAAGGCUGGAAAUGGGGGGGCUGCAGCGAGGACGUGGAGUUUGGAAGCAUGGUGUCUCGGGAGUUUGCAGAUGCCCGAGAGAACAGACCAGACGCUCGGUCAGCCAUGAACAGGCACAACAACGAAGCUGGAAGGACUUCUAUUAUUGAACUCAUGCAUCUUAAGUGCAAAUGUCACGGCCUCUCAGGCAGCUGCGAGGUGAAGACCUGCUGGUGGUCUCAGCCGGACUUCAGGGUCAUCGGUGACUACCUCAAGGACAAGUACGAUAGCGCUUCUGAAAUGGUGGUGGAAAAACAUCGAGAAUCCCGUGGCUGGGUCGAGACCCUCAGGCCCAAAUACAACUUCUUCAAGGCCCCAACUGAGAAGGACCUGGUUUACUAUGAGAACUCACCAAACUUUUGUGAGCCCAACCCUGAGACAGGUUCCUUUGGGACCCGUGACAGGAUCUGUAAUGUCACUUCCCAUGGGAUUGAUGGUUGCGACCUUUUGUGCUGCGGCCGCGGGCACAAUACAAGGACUGAGAAACGGAAAGAGAAGUGCCACUGUAUCUUCCACUGGUGCUGCUACGUCCGCUGUCAGGAGUGCAUACGAGUCUACGAUGUCCACACGUGCAAAUAAAGCGGGCAAAACCCUUUGCUGGGCUCCAAGAGGAGAAAUGGAUUUGAGCCUACUUCCUCUGAGGUUGCAGACAUGAGAGAAGUCUACUUUUUUGAUAAUAAAAGAAUAAAAACUUAAAAAAAGGCUAAAACUGGUUGGAUAGAAUAGGUCUAAUGACUUCUGGGCUAUCCCAAGGUACAUCUGGCAGUCACACAAGUUACGCCCAACGAUGCCUCCUGUAGGAGACAGCAGUUUUUCAACCAGCCGACAACACAGAGCUGGAAAGAAGAGCAUUAGCAAAAGCAUGGAUUUGCUCUGCUCUCACCCACCUGAAGUGACUCGUGUGAUUAAGUGUCCUUUGAAAGACUUGCAUCUUCCUAAGUAUCUCCUUUUCCCUCAGCCAGGCAGAGGCUGUGUUGGACAGCAGCGCUAAGAUUUCCAAGAUCUAUCUACAUACCCAAAUGGCCAGACUCUGUGUAUAAUAUGAGCAACAACAACAGCAGCAAAAGAAACAAAAGCAGAUAAAUUAAUGAUUUAAAAAUAAUGCAAAUACUCUUUUGCUUUUGCCCUGGAACCAGACUAGUCUACAAAUAUAUAAUAGAGCUGUAGAGUGGGCAGGCUCUUCGCAUGAACUUUGUAGCAUAGUAACUUCUGCCAAAUUUGACACAGGAUUCAGUGACACCUGUAGAGAGGGAGGGAAGGAGAA